AAAAAGAUCGAAUUUUUAAUCAAGAAAGAGACAUUAAAUAAGGAAAAAGAAGGGAAGAAUAAUAAAGAAAAAGCCACCAUUUCCCAAAUCCUGCAAUCAUAUCCCUCCUCAUUGCCCUGAAUCUUUCUUUCGCUCGUUUGACUCCGAUAAAUCCAGCAAAAAAUAUUCAGGGUCAAUGCUCUAUCCACACACAAUUGAUUCUUGAUGAUAUCAUCAGCUGCUCCUGAGAAUUCUCAGAUUUCUUUCCCCCCCAUCUUUUAACUACAACCAGCUUUGUGUUUUUUUUUUUUUCCAUUUUGGGUCAAUAUAUUGGGUUCUCUUUUGCCUUCUUUCCCCGUCCAAUUGUUUCUUGAGCAUCCAUGAAAAUGAGCGAAUUCUAUCGAGAUUGCAUCUGUAUCGACGGUUUCUGAGAGGAUCAUCUAUAUUUCUGAGGACCCUUUUAAAGGUUAGUUUUUUUCUUCCUUUUUUUCUUGUGCAGAGAAGAAGCUGAUUGAAUGGAAAUAUACAGAUUAUAGCGAAUAUUAUUUCGUAUGUUGGAUUCUAUGUAUGGAAGCUGACAUGUCUAUCCGGCAAGAUAAUUCCGGUUCCGAUGAUGUCUCAGGGACGGGGUCUUGCCUCUUUGAUCUCUUGCGUUCAGAAAACCCUGGUUGGGGAUGCACAAGUGACAAAAAGACAUCUUAUUCCGGAGCACGACAAAGGCUUGAGAAACUAAUGUCACAGCCUGGUAAUGAGUUCUGUGCAGAUUGUGGCUCCCCAGAUCCAAAAUGGGUAUCUUUGACUCUGGGAGCAUUUAUAUGUAUCAAGUGCUCUGGUGUUCACAGAGGCCUUGGAGUGCACAUUUCAAAGGUUCUGUCAGUAAAACUAGAUGAGUGGACAGACAAGCAAGUCGAAGAAUUAGUAGAGAUGGGUGGAAACACUGCAGUAAACCUGAAGUAUGAAGCUUGCAUUCCGGAUAACCUCAGAAAACCAAAAGCGGAUUCCUCUAUAGAAGAGCGGUCUGAUUUUAUUAGGAGGAAAUAUGAGCUGCUAGAAUUUUUGAACUCUUACGAACAGAUGGCCUGCCCCUUCCCACCAUCUAAUUAUAGAUUCCCAUCGUCGUCCCAAAGCAGCUCUUCUAGCAGUAGUGCUAUUCAAGAGAAAAGACAGUUUGAGAAACAACCGACGAAGCAUCGGAUUGGGCAGGCAUUUCGUAACAGCUGGGGAAGGAGGGAGACCGACCAUAAGGCCUACAAGAAGAAAUGCUCAUCGGCAGGAAUGGUUGAAUUUGUUGGUCUAAUAAAGGUCAACGUGGUAAGAGGCACCAACCUAGUUAUUCGGGAUGUGAUGACCAGUGACCCUUACGUCAUCCUUGCUUUGGGGCACCAGUCAGUGAAAACGCGUGUUAUAAAGAACAACCUGAAUCCAGUGUGGAAUGAGAAGCUGAUGUUGUCAAUUCCGGAAAACGUCCCUCCUUUAAAAGUGCUCGUAUAUGACAAGGACACGUUCAAGACGGAUGAUUUUAUGGGAGAGGCCGAGAUAGACAUUCAGCCCCUACUGUCUGCCGCCAAAGCAUAUGAAAGUUUCACCAUUGAUGAGUCGAUGCAGCUCGGGAAAUGGGUUGCAAGCAGAGAUAAUACCCUAGUGAAAGACGGUGUCAUCAGCUUAGCCGAUGGUAAAGUAAAACAGGACAUAACUUUAAGAUUGCAGAAUGUCGAGCGGGGAGAGCUUGAAAUUGAGCUUGAAUGUGUUCCCCUUACUCAGUAGCUUGAAAAUUAGUCUGACCAGAUUAUAGUGAUAUGCGUGUAACAGAGUUUGACAUUGUUUGGUACAUAUACUGCUAGGGUUGUUUUGUUCA